AUGUCUUUGGCAUUAGAUCGCCUGUCCAGCGUGCACGGCGCAGCUCUCGACGGCCGCGCAGCCAGUGUCCGAUUCCAGCAGAGCCAGCUGAUUGCUCUGCAUGCCAAACUACAGCACCUCCAGGCCGAGGCGUGCGAGGCCAUUGUCUCUGAUCGUGGGGUGACAGCUGCCGAAGCAGAGAUUGAGUGUGCAACCACGAUUCUUGCCGUGAAGCAAUACUACGAGUCCAUCAACUUUGACCAGUGUGUGCAAAGGGAAUACCGAGUCGCCCAGGGCCUGAAUUCGCCUGGUCGUCGCGUCGGAUGCGGUGUAGUCUUGAUUCGUCCUGCAAAGCACACACGCUGGUAUUCCAUUGUUGCUACCGUCGCGGCUGCCAUUGCCGCUGGCAACACUGUCGCAAUCGAGGUCGGCCACUUUGCGGUGGAUCGCCUCCUCCCUACCCUUUUCUCGUGUCUUGACGCAGAGACAUACCAGCUAAUUGACGGCAGACCAACAGAAACCGAGCAAAAACAGGUGUCUAUUGUGGUGGACCAGACAGGAGAGCUUUCCCUGCCAAACUGUCUGUCAUCAAAGCCGCAACUACGAUCAGUCGCUGUUGUCGACAGGACUGCAAAUGUGGAACAGGCUGCCAACACAAUCGUAGCAGCACACGUCGCAUAUCGGGGCGCAUCGCCGCACGCACCGGAUCUGAUCCUUGUCAAUGAAUGGGUCAAGAGGGAAUUUGUGAAUGCAUGUAUUCGACUGGCUCCUGAUGACUCGCGCCGUGAACGAGUCACGGCCAGCGACAAGGUACGCCAGACAAUCGCUGAAGCUGAAAGCUUGGGAGAAGCCUCUGUCAUUGGGACAACGAGCCUGAUGCUGGUGGAUAUACGAGACCGCCGUUCAUCCGUUGUUGCUGAGGCCAGACCGUGCGGGGCAUUCCUGCCUAUCAUGACAAUAACCAGUCUGGUCGACGCGGUAGUUGCACUGGAAGGCUCGAAAUGCCUUGUCGCAUACCACUUUGCACAGCCCGCCGCAGCAAAAUUCCUUAGCCAGCAAAUCAACAGUCGACUGGCGGUUGCCAACCAUAUUCCGCCGGAGUUGUUGGUUGGGCCUGCGAUCCCGCUUCACAAUGGCCAGCCCUCCUCAUUCCCCAUGCUUCGAUACAGCACGGAAAUGCUCUCCCAGCCGCGACCAGAGUACAUACAGGAAGCCAAGAAGCCCGCUAUAACUCUGCAAGAACUCAAAGACCUGGACCGCGUGGCAUUGGACCGCGUGCGGGUUGAAGCCAGAUCGGCCUUACGUUCUACAGGGCAGGGUUCUGGCACUGCCAUUGGCUUUUUCGAACAAGGUAUCCUGGUCGGUGCUGUGUUUAUUGUGCUCCCUGUGGUCUCGUUGGUUGGAUACGGGGGCUGGUAUACAAUCCGUGUGGCACUAUCCUGGAAAUGGUGA